AUGGGGCGGGAUGUCAGAGUUCUGGACCCCGCGGACUUCCACGCGGAGGACGAGACCUGCGCCAAGGUUUUGGCGAUGGCCUUCGGCAAAAUGGAGCCCAAGAAGCGGCCAAGCCCGAAGGCGCAUGCAGCUAAGCCUGCGGCACCCCCGGCGGCUGCGGCGCCUGCGGCGCCUGUGGCGCCUGUUGAAGCGGUGGCUGCUAAAGCAAGUGAGAAGGCAAGCGAGAGGAAGGGCGAGGAUCUUCUGGCAAAGAUCAAGGCCCAAGGAAGGAAGGCCACGCCAGAGGAGUUGGAGGAGCUGCUGGAAAGCAAACGCGCCGCCUGGCGCGCUUCGGCGCCUUCCGUGGCUUCUGCGGCGUCCGGAGCUUCCGCCUGCGCGGGCUGCGGGGGGAAGCAACCGCGGCCCUUCCAGUGCGGAACGUGCAAGACGGUGCGCUACUGCUCCCCGGAGUGCCAAAAGAGUCACUGGAAGGAGCAUAAGAGGAGAUGUCGAAAGAGAGUGACAGCAAACAUUUGCGUCCUCUCGGACUUUGCCUGA